AUGAAAAACAAGAUCUCUGCUGAGGGCACCAAGCCUGCUGCUAGCUCUGCCCCAAUCGUCCCACCAACCAACGUAGCUCCACCAGCCUCCAGCCCGCCUUCGCCCCACUCCUCGGGGGCCUGGAAAUACACCAAAUUCACCGGAAAAGUCGUUCUCGUUUCUCCAUUCCUCCUAGUCGGCUACUACUUGUACAGAAUCUAUGACGAGAGCCAUCCAGCUUGCCAGCAACCACAAUCCGCUGCGCAUGCCUCUGGUAACAAGAAGAAGACCCUUGUGAUCUUGGGUACCGGCUGGGGCUCCAUUUCCAUUUUGAAAAACCUCGAUACCACGUUAUAUAACGUGAUCAUCGUCUCCCCGCGCAACUACUUUCUUUUCACCCCGCUCCUCCCAUCCUGUCCUACUGGAACCAUCGAAUACAGAUCAGUCGUAGAGCCAGUCAGAUCUGUUGCUAAGAGAAGACCGGGGGAGGUCGUCUAUUACGAAGCCGAAGCCACGGAUAUUGACGCUGCCAACAACAAACUCAUCCUCACCCAGAAGCUUGGGAGCGAUGAAGUCAAGGUAGAAGGUGUGGACACAAUAUCCAUCACUCUUGAUUACGAUUACCUAGUUGUUGGUGUGGGCGCUCAGCCAAACACCUUCGGUAUUCCAGGCGUAGAGGAAAACUCGUGCGUUUUAAAGGAGAUUUCCGACUCCCGAAAGAUCCGGAGGAGAUUCAUGGACUGUAUCGAGACGGCCGCGUUGCUUCCAAAGGGAUCUUCUGAGCGCGCGAGACUUCUCCACACUGUCGUUGUUGGCGGUGGACCUACUGGGGUGGAAUUUGCUGCUGAAUUGCAGGACUAUAUUGAUGAGGACAUCCGCAGGUGGAACCCGGAAAUCGCUGAGGAGAUGAAGGUCACUAUCGUGGAAGGCUCGCCGAACCCACUCAGCAUGAUGAACAAAGAUUUGAUUGCGUACACCAGGGAAACCUUGGUAAAGCUGGGGAUUGAGCUCAUGACCAGCUCCAGAGUGAAAGAGGUUACCGAUAGAUAUGUCCACGCCAUCGUUAAACAACCCAGUGGCGAAUCGACUUGGGUCGAUGUUCCAUACGGCUUGCUUGUCUGGGCUACUGGGAAUGGCACCAGAGAUAUCGUCAAAAAAUUGUCUACUAAAUUACCGGAACAAAAAAAUGCCACUAGAGGGUUGUUAGUCGACGACUACAUGAGAUUGCAGGGCUCCACAAAUAUCUACGCUCUCGGUGACUGUACAUUCACGCGAAACCCACCCACCGCCCAAGUGGCUCAACAGGAAGGUAUCUAUCUUUCGAAGAGUUUGGAAACCUUGGCUAGGGUGGAUGACUUGGAGUACCAGUUGUUCAGCUCUAGUUUUGAGGGCGCGGAAAGGGAAAGAGCUCAGCACAACUUGAGCAGAGAGAAGGGCAGCCUCCAACCGUUCAAGUACCAUCAUAUGGGCGCGUUAGCGUACAUCGGAUCCGAAAGAGCGGUUGCGGACUUGUGUUGGGCCGAAGAGAGCUUUUUUAAGAACCUCAGUAAGAUCUCCAUCGGCGGAACCUUCACCUUUUUCUUCUGGAAGUCAGCUUACGUCCAAAUGUUGUUGAGUACCAAGACCCAAGUGUUGGUGACCAUGGAUUGGAUCAAGGUUGCGUUGUUUGGCAGGGAUAUUUCGAGAGAGUAA